AUGACGCAUGACAGAUCGUCUCUCCAAAACCAUUGGGUCACGUGCUUCGCCUGGACAGUGGCAUGGCUCCUUGCACAUUGGCUCGCACAGAUGCCUGCCAUAGCGAUUCAGCGUUUUGUGAGUGAGAAAGUCCCCCGAGAGUGCGGUGCAUACCUGCGGAGGCUUUGUCGUGGGCAAGUCUACUGCUUACUCAGCUUGGCAGGAGCAGCAAAGCUCAUGCUUCGUUGGCAACAGCCAGAGGACUUGCUCUUCGACUUCACCUGGGAGCAUGAGAUGCUUUUUAGCAUGGCUGUGGGUCACUGGCUAAUAAGCCUAUGGGAGGAUUUGCAAUGUCGAAGCUUCCUCAGUGGUGGUCUCGACAGCAAGGCACUGCCAGGCGUCCGUGAUCCAGCAGGGCUUCUGUUGAAAGCAUUCACUUUGCACCACUCCAUGGCAGCUUUGGGCUACAUUGCCUUGUUGCAUUGCCAGCAUGUCUCUGCUAUUGGAACUCUGGGUCUCCUUUUUGAGCUCCCUGUGCUGCUUUUGAAUCGCAGAGAGAUUUUGAGACUGCUGUGCGCUGGACAGCGCAAGUGGGGAGAGCGUGCGGUCGUGACGAACCACUGGCGCUAUGUGUACAUGCUUUUUCUCACAUCCCGAGGUGGCUCCUUUGUACUUUAUGUCUACUCUUUAGCCUGGUGGCAGGAGCACUUGGCUAGAUUAGACUUGGCAGAGACUUGCCUUUUGCACGGCAUGGCCAUAUUCUUCGGGGUGCUAAAUUAUGCCUUUCUGACUGUGCUGGAUGCAUGGAGUCGCGCAGAUGCAGCUGCUGCUGUUCUGCCUGAGUUGGAGGAGGAAGAAGACUUGGAGAGGAUGGAGGGAAUGCAGGAUGAUAUCACUGCAGUGAAUCCGGAGGCAGCGAUUUUGCGUGAAGUGGAUGCAGCGGAGUUAGGUUCCAAGGAUGGCCUUUGGUUGGCCAUUGAUGGUGUGGUCUACGACUUCACCUUUUUUCAGCAUCCUGGUGGCAUGGAGGUCUUGCGAAACUGUGCAGGUCGAGAUGCCACGGCGGACUUCGCAAGAGCGUGUCCAGCAGCGACAAAGCAGCUGAGCCUAUCCUCCAUGUGUCGAUACCAAGUUGGCCCCUUGCGACUUCCACCAACGGAGUAUCGGAUCUUCGAGCACCAAGAAGAGGAACGCCGGAUGCAAAAGUUGGUCAUGGCUUUGGUCUUCAGCUUGGUUUUGCUUUUGCUGGGGAUGACAACCUUCAUGUCUCAAGCAAUUGAGACUGGCCUGUUGAAGGAAGGCACUUAUGAGGAACUGCUACUGCCAAGCUCUGUCCUUUCCACAUUGCUUGGCAUUUUCUCAGUUCUCCUUCCGAUGCGGCAGAAGUUGGGGGCUUGCAAGGCGUCCGGUGGAUGGCAAGCUCAUGCCAUUGCCUUGCUGGUGAUAUUGCAUCACUGGACUUUGCUGACAGCCGUACAUAGUUCUUGGCCAGGCACGGUAGCUCCACAAGGAUUAGAGCUGUGUGCAGUCGCUGUGCUUUUAGUGGAGACUAUUCUCGCCCCGGCGAUGACUCCGCCAGUACUGCCAGUGCUUUUGUGUCUUGGCAGCUGGUAUUACCGGGGCCUCGGGGCUUCGGAUUUGGCCAACAUCGGCUUCUACCUUCCGUGGCGCAAGGCGAUGGCUAUGGCAUGUUGCCUGGUGUUCCUCACACGGCUGGCGCAAGUUCAACCACAGGCUGUGCGUCAAGGCUUGGCUUUAUGUAGCUUCUAUGGAGGAUUGAUUUCUGUGGCCUCCUUGACCUUCACGUCGUGGAAUGUAGCCUUUGUAUCACCUCUACAAAUUGGCAGUCUAGUAGUCGCAGCUGCAGCCUCCAUGAUGGCGCAUUGUGCAGUCUUGGAUGUUGCCUUGCAGUGUUCGUCCCGUUUUGCCACCAGAUGGGUGGCUUUCUUAAUGAGUUUGCUGAGCUUCACAAGCACUGGCUUGGGCAACUUUCGAUGGUUGCUGGCUUUGGCGUUGCUGCAUCAUUUGUUGGACUUAGCGAGGCACAACCGCGUUCGCAUGGACCAAGUAGCAACAGCUGGCCGUUUCCAAAGCCUCGAUUGGCACAUCAUUGGGGCACAGGCCCUUUGGGACUCUGCCAGGGUGUCUUUGCUGGGCUUUGUAUGGAGGACCACCGUUUGCAACUUGCAGUAUGUGGUGACCGCCCUCAUUCCAGAGGGUUUGCGGGUCUAUGCCUGUGAGGUUCCCAUCCCAAACUUUGGAGAGAAGGUGGCCAUGGGGCUGGCGGCACAGUAUGUACCCCCAGAGGCUCGUGGCAAGAGCAAGAGGAGACCCAACUUCUUUGUGUGCAAUGUGGGACAGAUUAUGGAGAACUGCAUGCCCGACAUGCAGCACACCAUGAAUACCCUUGUAGACGUAUGGCAUGAAUUCCACGAGCCAAAGCUUCCAGGGCUUUGUGCCAAUGUUGUCAUGGUGUUCCCAGGCUCGGACCAGGGGCUUGCAAAGGAGAUCAACUUGUCCGUGUGGGAGACGGGCAAGGAUGCUUUUGACUGGUACGUCAAGAGCAAGGGACACAAGAAGGCAUUGAUGCAGCACACCUCAGGAGUCUUGCGGACUUUUGGGAACUUACUGGCCUCUUUGCAGCCCAGGGAACCGAUUUCUUAUCAGGAUCGCUGCAGCAACUGCGCCAGACCAGUAGAGGGAUUGCCUGGAGAACUGGCACCCAAUCUGUGCGGGGUUUGCGGCGCUCGGGCCUUUCAUUACAACCUUUUCUAA